AUGGCCCAUGUCAAUCUGAGCACGCGAGACGUCAACGUCCUCGAAAAGAUCAAGGACCCCGAGUCCAACCCGGCUGCUGGCGUCAUCACCGACGAGUCGUUGCCCCGCGACCCUCAUGUCACCAACUCGGCCGACUAUGACAAGGUUGUGCAGCAAGAGCGCAACAUCAUUGCCAAAAUCCAGGCCCUGGAGACCGAGUUCAGCGAAUCCCAAUCACAAGAUGCAAACGAAGCAGCCAUACAGGGGUAUCAACAUUGCCUUGCCGAGCUAGACACUCUCAUUUCAGAAUUUCCCAAGUACGCCAGCGCGCGGAAUAACCGCGCGCAAAUCACCAGGCGGCUCUACGGAGACGCCAUGCUGCUCGAAAUCACCACCGGCAUACCACUGCCACUGAUUGAGCAGCCCGACGCCACGGAGAAGAAGAAGGCCGCCGUCCGCGCCCUACAAGACCUGGAAACAUCCAUCUCUUUACUAUCGCCGGCUACCUUGUCGACUCCCAUCUCGCCCCAAGCAGCACGAACCUUGUCUAUGGCGUAUACGCAGCGCGCGGCCAUCUACCUCCGCACGUCCAAGCUGCUGUCCGACCGACUGCUGGAUAUGGACGAGAGUCGACCCGAGGCCAAAUGGAACCGCAUCGAGUUUGAGCAGGCUGCCUCGCACGACUUGGCGUAUGGUGGUCGCUAUGGUAAUCAGAUUGCAAAGGGGCUGGCUGUGAGCGUCAACCCGACAGCCAAGCUAUGCGGACAGAUUGUUCGGGAGGCCAUGAAGAAGGAGUACGGGCCAUCUUUUGAUGCGUAG